AUGAAAGUGACCAGAGUAAUAGCCCUAGUCAUAUUGUCGAUGUUGUUAUCGUUUGUGAGCAAGAGAAGCGUCCAGGCCGUCCGCCAAGGGUCCUCCAAGCGCAUGUUCAGCUGGAGGGGCGGUUCUGCCGGCUUUGGUGCGGGCAGCACCGGCAGGAGCUCAUCCACCAUCGCCAGCGCGGCAGCCACGGCAGCAGCGCUGUCCACCAACUACGAGGACCUCACCGUGUUGUCACAGUACACCAUUGCCGUGGCGUACCAGCCCAAGGAUCGGGAGGAGUCCAACCUCUUCAAAAAGAAGCACAACCAGCCGCUGCCAGCAUUGGAGUCGCCCACAGGCGAGGACAAUGCGUUCGUGGCGGUGCACCAGGACGGCUCAGUAGCCGUGGGGGUCGCUGACGGCGUGGGUGGCUGGGCAGAUGCUGGCUACGACUCGUCUGCCAUCUCCCGUGAGUUAUGUGCCACCAUCAAACACCAGUUCUCCCACGACAGCCAGGCACAGCCCAAGCAGUUGUUGGAAACCUCGUUCCAGGCGAUUUUGGAGUCGCCCAAGGUCGAAAUUGGCGGCACCACUGCGUGCUUGGGAGUCAUUUCCAAUCGCAAGUUGAAGGUGGCCAACCUCGGUGACUCUUGGUGUGGUGUGUUCAGAAACUACCAGUUGGUCAACGAAACCGCGUUCCAGACCCACAAGUUCAACACCCCCUACCAGUUGGCCAAGAUCCCGGCCCACAUCCUCAGACAGGCCGAGUUGGAGGGUAGAAGAUACAUCAGAGACACUCCCGCACAGGCUGACGUUUACGAGUGGGAUUUGCAGAAGGACGACGUGGUCCUCUUCGCCACCGACGGUGUCACCGACAACGUGGUGCCCAAGGACAUAGAGAUCUUUUUGAGAGACCAGUUGGAGGACAAGAAGAGCGACUUGGGCGACGUGGCCAAGCUAUUUGUCAAGGAAGUGGUCAAGGUGUCGAAGGACUCCAACUUCCCCAGUGCGUUUGCACAAGAGUUGUCUACCUUGACUGGCCAAAAGUACUUGGGGGGUAAAGAGGACGAUAUCACGGUUGUGAUGGUUAGAAUUAACUAG